AUGGCCAGCGCUGCGACUUCCGUCGCCAACACCGGCGUCAACACCUCCAGCUCCAACAACCACAACAGCAACAGCAGCAACAACUGCAUGCUGGCAGGCCUCGUCUGCCGAGACAACAUCCACCUCAUCAUCGGCACAAACCCCCUCGCCGCCUCCCGCUGCAACCAGUCCCUCGCCGCGGGCGCAACGCCCAUCCUGCUCGCCCCAGAGACGGCGGAGCUGCACUACGGCCUGCAGGCCAAGAUCGACGACAGGUCGCUCCGGUGGGAGAAGAAGGCGUUUGAGGAUGACGACCUGUUCCGCCUCGGGCGCGAGGCCGUCGGCCGCGUCGUCGACGCCGUCUUCGUCACGAGCGGCCCGCGCGACCCCCUGAGCGAGCACAUCUCUGCGCUGUGCCGCCGCAACCGCAUCCCCGUCAACGUCGUCGACGCGCCGCACCUCUGCACCUUCACGCUCCUGUCCGUCCACGCCGACGGCCCGCUGCAGGUCGGCGUCACCACCAACGGCCGCGGCUGCAAGCUCGCCUCGCGCAUCCGCCGCGAGAUCGCCGCCUCGCUGCCCCAGGGGCUGGGCCCGGCCUGCGCACGCCUCGGCGAGGUCCGGCGCCGCAUCCAGGACGACGACUGCCUCGCCCUCGGCGACCUCGACGACUCGCUCGACCAGGGCGCCCUCUUCAACCGCCUCGUCGCCGAGGAGGACGUCCGCAACCGCCGCAUGCGCUGGCUCAGCCAGGUCUGCGAGUACUGGCCCCUGAGGAAGCUCGCCGCCGUCGCCGACGAAGACGUCGAUCGCCUCUUCGCCGCGUACACCGGGCCCGGUGCCGACGCCUCGCGCAAGCCUCACCAUGACGCUUCUACGCAGCGGAGGGUCGGCAAGCUCAUCCUCGCCGGCAGCGGACCCGGCCACCCCUCGCUCCUCACCCGCUCCACCCUCGACGCCAUCAACCGCGCCGACCUCAUCCUCGCCGACAAGCUCGUCCCCGCGCCGGUCCUGGACCUCAUCCCGCGGCGGACGCCCGUGCACAUCGCCCGCAAGUUCCCCGGCAACGCGGAGCGCGCGCAGGAGGAGCUCCUCGAGGCCGCGCUGCAGGGCGUGCGCGAGGGCAAGACGGUGCUGCGCCUGAAGCAGGGCGACCCCUUCGUCUACGGCCGCGGCGGCGAGGAGGUGGACUGGUUCAAGGGCAAGGGCCUCGGCGACAGGGUCCGCGUCCUCCCCGGCGUGACGAGCGCCCUGAGCGCGCCGCUCUUCGCCGGCGUGCCCGUCACGCAGCGCGACGUGGCCGACCAGGUGCUCAUCUGCACCGGCACGGGCAAGAAGGGCAAGCCCCCGACGCCCCCCGAGCACCGCAUCGUCGGGCUCGUCCGCGAACUCACCACGCACAUCUCCCCCUCCUCCCCCUCCGCCGCCGACUCACAAGACACCACCACCGAGAGCCCCCCGUCUCUCGAGGCCCUCGCCGCCGCCGACGCCGACGCCGACGCCAAGCGCGCCCUCUGGCCCCUAUCCACCCCCUGCGCCGUCAUCGAGCGCGCCAGCUGCCCCGACCAGCGCAUCAUCCGCACCACCCUCGCCCACGUCGCCGAGGCCAUCGAGUCCGAGGGCAGCCGGCCCCCCGGCCUGCUCGUCGUCGGCAGGGCCUGCGACGUGCUCCACCCCCGCGAAAAGGGCCGCGCAUGGCUCGUCGAGGAGGGGUUCCGCGGCCUCGAUGACGACUGGGCCGACGAGCAGGCCGAGUGGGCUGCCGGACUUGACGCUGUCGUCGACGCGCGCGAAACGGCAAGUGCGUGA